AUGGGGAAUGCUUUGAACCAACUAAUCUUCAGACCGCAUGCACCCAGUUAUUCAAAGAAUAGGAAGAAUUUACAUUUUAUAAAAACCAAACAUGGUAGUACUAUAUGUGGUAUAUUUAUAAAUAACAAUGCUCAAUUAACAAUAUUAUUUAGUCAUGGAAAUGCGGAAGAUAUAGGUGAUAUAGUACCACAGUUUGAAAGUAAAUUAAAAAGAUUAGGAUUGAAUAUGUUUGCUUAUGAUUAUAGUGGUUAUGGUCAGAGUACAGGGUAUCCAACAGAAACCCAUUUAUAUAACGACGUAGAAGCAGCAUAUAAUUAUUUAAUAAAUGAAUUGAAUGUAUCUAAAGAAUGUGUAAUAGCUUAUGGUAGAAGUUUGGGUUCUGCUGCAUCUGUACAUAUAGCUACAAAAAAAGAUUUAUUAGGUUUAGUAUUACAAUGUCCUUUAUCAUCUAUACAUCGUGUGAAAUUAAGAUUAAAAUUUACAUUGCCCUAUGAUUUAUUCUGUAAUAUCGAUAAAGUUCAUUUAAUAAAAUGUCCUAUACUUUUUAUUCAUGGAAAGAAAGAUAAAUUAUUAUCAUAUCAUGGUACAGAAGAAAUGAUAACUAAAACGAAGGUUAAUACAUAUUUUAUGUUUAUUGAUGAGGGUGGUCAUAAUAAUUUGGAUAGUUGUUUUGGAAAUAAAAUGAAUGCGGCUUUAAUAACUUUUCUUUUUGUUUUAAAAAAUAAUAUACGUGAAAAUGUAAAUAGUGUUUAUGACAUUUCUAAUAUUAAUACCCAAAAAUUAAGAAAUAUGUUUAUUUUAAAUAAUACCGAAAAAUUAAAAGAUAAAUUAAAAGAAAAAAUUGGAGAUAAAGAUGAAAAGAAAGAUAUAAUGUCAAAGAUAAAGAAAACUGAUAAAGUUAAUUUUAAUAAUAAUGUAUCAAAAAUUAAAAAAGAUGUUAAUUCUUAUUAUUAUAGUAGCAUGGAAGGAAUAAGUCAAUCAACUGAAAAUAUAUGUAAAGUACAGAGUUGCACUGAAUCUUCUUAUAAUUCUUCAACAAGUGUAAGCACCAUAUUGGCUUCUAUAGAAUCUAUAAUGAAAGGUAUCCCAGAUAGUAAUACAUUAUGUGAAAAAGAUUCUGUUCCAAAAAAUAGCAAUAAUAAAAAUAAUAAUAAAAAUAAUUCUGGUAGUGAUAUUUAUGUCGAUUGUAACACAGGGUAUAAUUAUUAUGCAAAUAAUAAAUAUGACAAUUUAUAUUCUUCAAAUAAAGUCACAGGUAGUAAUACUAUCAAAAUGGGAAAAAAAAAUAAAGACACAAAUAGUAGUACUAGUAGUAAUGAUAGUAUAUCUGUAAAUAUGAAAAGUGUAUCAAGUUAUACUUUAAAAAAUAAAGAUACACAAGGUAUUACAAACAAAAAUAAUAAAACUAAUAGUAACAAUAAAAUUAAUAGUAACAAUAAAAUUAAUAGUAAUAGUAAUAGUAGUUGUGGUAGUUUAAAUAAUAUAACAUGUAAUAAUAAUAAGGGGAAUGGACAUGUCAAUACAAAUAUUGGCACUUCUAAUAUUAAACCUAAUAUUCGAAUUGUUCAAACAAAAAGAAAUAGUUAUAAAGUUGAUAAAGUACCUAGAAUUAAUUUUGAUAAUAUGAAAAAAAAUAUAAUAACAGAACAAAAGGAUUCAAAUAUUGUAUAUAAUAAUAGUUAUGAAUUAAUAAAAGAAGGACUUUAUGUCAAAAAAAAAAUUAAUAAUAUUAAUAAUAAUAAUAAUAUAUCACAAGACAAUUCUUCUUUAAUAUAUAAUAAUUUAUCUAGUACACAAAUAAAUCAAGGAAUUAAUAACACCCGUUAUGUAUCUUAUGAAAAAGCAAAAUUAUUUUCAAAAGAACCAUCUCCUGUUUUUAUUAAUAAAAAACAUGUACGUAAAGAAAUGAAUAAUAAAUUAUAUAAUAUUCUUCAUAAUAAUUUAACAUUUUAUAAUUUCAAUGAUUUUCUUUAUACAGAAUGCAAAGAUAAGAUAUCCAUAAAUAAUGAUAAUAUUAUAAUGUCACCAAUAAAAUCAGAAAAACAAAAAGAAACAAAAAGUAAUAUGCAGGGGGGCUUAAUAAAAGUUGAAUCGUUUGAUAGUGCAUCUUCUUCAUCAAGGGAAGUGUAUGAACAUGAGGAAAUUACAAAAAAAGAAUUUAUGGAUUGA